AUGUGCACUCUGCGCCCGCUGCUGCUGCUGCUGCUGCUCGCGGUGCUGGCGGGCGCCCCGGGCGGGUGGGGGCUCUGCCCGGUGCCCGCCGACCUCAAGCACGCGGACGGCACGCGCACGUGCGCCAAGCUGUUCGACAAGAGCGACCCCUACUACGAGAACUGCUGCGAGGGCGCCGAGCUGUCGGUGGAGCCGGGCGCCGACCUGCCCUUCCUGCCCUCCAACUGGGGCAACACGGCCUCGUCGCUCGUGGUGGCGCCGCGGUGCGAGCUCACCGUGUGGUCCCUCCGCGGCAAGGGCGGCAAGACGCGCAAGUUCUCGUCCGGCGCCUACCCGCGCCUCGAGGAGUACCGGCGCGGCAUCUUCGGGGACUGGUCCAAUUCCAUCUCGGCGCUCUACUGCAGGUGCUACUGA